AGAGAUCUCUCUCAUGCCAGGGCCCGAGCCCGCUGCUUGGCCCUUUACGCCCUGAGCUGCGUUAUACGAACGUGGGUGUCUGGAUCACUCAAUGCCAGAACAUCGGAAAUCGGUGUUGUGUGAUUGACGAGGCUUCGAUCGACCUGUAGAGCCUGGGUGAGGUGUAAUAGUUACCCAGAUGAGGAAGCUGCAGCCUCGCCCGUUAGGCACAUGUCUGCUCCUGCAGCAGUGGGACCGUUGGACAAAACAGAAAGGUUUAACCCCUGCGCAGAAAUCCGGUCACGCGGAGACUCUUGUCUGUCCAGCGAGACGUGAUGUGAUCAUUCGAUUGCUGAUGUUCCUGCACUGCGUUGGCCGAGCAUGUGUGGGCAGACACCUGCGCCCAUCAGCUUUGAGUGUGAAGCGUUGUGUCCUGCAGGUGAAUUAUACUGCCUGAGGAUCGAUUAGUGAUGCACAUCUCUGAGGCAGCCUGGACCUCCCCAGAAUGAGGGUGACUGCGCCCAAUCUGGCAGCCUUGUCCAGGGGAGGAAGACAUUCCAUUAAAGACACACGAGCUUUCAGCAGAGCUCCUCCCCUCAGACCGUCUGUGUGUCUGUGUGUCUGUGUGUGCCCAGGGCCUGCGGGCGGAGGUCCCGGAGAAGCUGCGCCUGGAGAGCAGCCCCCUGGACUGGAGCGUCGCGGACGUCGUGCGGUUCAUCCGGAGCACCGACUGCGCCCCGCUGGCCCGCAUCUUCCUGGACCAGGAGAUCGACGGACAGGCCCUGCUGCUGCUCACGCUGCCCACGGUGCAGGAGUGCCUGGACCUGAAGCUGGGCCCGGCCAUCAAGCUGUGCCAUCACAUCGAGCGGGUCAAGCUGGCCUUCUACCAGCAGUUCGCCAGCUGAGUGCCCCUGCGCCGGGCCGAGCCGGGGGGCCGGAACUGCACGUGCCCUCGCCCCCUGGCUCCGAGGCCCAGUCUCGGCUCCCGUCGCCGGCCACUUCCCAGUCCGGCUGUCAGAUCGGCUGCUCUUGCUCUGCGUUUGUGGAUUUUCACAGCGCCGCGCUCCCUGGGGACUCUGGGCGCAGGUGCAGACGUCAGUCCUGGGCCAUGCGGGGAGCCCGCCGGGGUGCCCCCGGGAACUGCCCCGGAGCACCUGUUCCCCUGCAGCGCGGAGAGCUGGGCUGGAGGGAGACCGAGCUGGGAGCGGGACUGGCCUGGAGGAACAGGACUUUCCCCCAGCGUGACGGACUCUGAACCGUGUUCGGGAACAAGGGUUGACUUCCAGUUGGGGCCUGGUGCCAUGGGGGGCGGUGGGCCCGGGGGGUGGGGGGUCCAGUGGGGGUCAGGGCACCCCUCUCUGUGUGUAGUGAUGGGGACCGUAGUCCUGCCCUCUCCCUCCCCCUCACGCCAGGUGCGGGUGGGUGAAAGUGGGAGAGUUUACUAGUGGAAGACAAGCACAACACCGACUUGGAUGGAGAAGGAAUGCCAUCUCUGAGAAGGUUUUUAAAAUGCAGGGUGUGUACAGCAGAUUUUGUUUUGUUUUUCUCAGGAGUGUGUACUGUUGUUUUCGUGUUGAUCUUCACAGGUGAGAAGGUUUGCAGUUUGCCCUACAGCUCCGCGCCUAUCUGGCUG